AUGAAACUCUUUCCAUUCCUGGUAACUAUCUUGCUGCUUUGGUACAGCGCGGUGGCCAUGGAAGUGUGGCUGUACAGCGACGGUAGCAACGCCAAGUUCACCAUCGACACCGUUCAGCGCUGCUACACACUCGAAGAUUUGUGGAACGACCGAGCUGUCCGAACGACGUGGAAGAAGCUGCCAAAAGGAACUUCUCUUGUGAUUUAUAAGCAUGCUCGCUGCGUCGCUCCCAAAGUCCAAAUGGAGCAGAAAACAUCAGGCAGCUUCUCGUUUGAAAAGGAAGACAAGCUAGAUCGAUCGGUGUCGUCGUUCAUGGUGCAAAAGAGCAGUGAGUACCCAACUGAAGGACUAGUCGAGAUCGAGAGCGAUGACCCAGGCUCGAUCUUUGAGACUACAUCAAGGAAUGAAACUACCAGCUUCUCUGACAGUCAACUGUAA